AUGAGUACCGGACGAUAUUAUCACACAGCAUCCACAUUAGCAAAUGGAUUAGUAUUAGUUACUGGUGGAAAGAAUAAUGUUGGUGGUAAUCUCAAUAGUGCUGAUUUGUACAAUUCAUCAACAGGUACCUGGACAACUACAGGAAGCAUGAGUACCACACGAUGUUAUCAUACAGCAUCUACAUUAGUAAAUGGAUCGGUAUUAGUUGCUGGUGGAUCCAACACCGGUGGCAAUCUCAAUAGUGCUGAAUUGUACAAUCCAGCAACAGGCACCUGGAUAACUACAGGAAGCAUGAAUACCACACGAUCUUAUCACACAGCUUCUAUAUUAGCAAACGGAUUGUUAUUAGUUGCCGGUGGAUUAAACAGUGGUUAUCUCAGCAGUGCUGAAUUGUACAAUCCAUCAAAUGGCACUUGGACAACUACAGGAAACAUGAGUACCGCACGAGCGCACCACACAGCAUCCACAUUAGCAAACGGAUCGUUAUUAGUUACCGGUGGAUUCAACGGUAUUUAUCUGAAUAGUGCUGAAUUGUACAAUCCAUCAACAGGCACUUGGACAACCACAGGAAGCAUGAAUUUCAUACGAGGAUAUCACACAGCAUCCACAUUAGCAAAUGGAUCAGUAUUAGUUGCAGGUGGAUAUAACAAUAGUGCUUAUCUCAAUAAUGCUGAAUUUUACAAUCCAUCAACAGGCACUUGGACAACUACAGGAAGCAUGAGUACCACACGAUGUUAUCAUACAACAUCUACAUUAGUAAAUGGAUUGGUAUUAGUUGCUGGUGGAUACAACACCGGUGGCAAUCUCAAUAGUGCUGAAUUGUACAAUCCGUCAACAGGCACUUGGACAACCACAGCCAACAUGAGUGCCUUGCGAGGACAGCACACAGCAUCCAUAUUAGCAAAUGGAAAAGUAUUAGUUACUGGUGGAAGUGGUAGUAGUAAUACUAGUGGUGUUGUCAAUAGUACUGAGCUUUAUUAA